AGCUUCGAUAAUUGCAGUUACACAAUUAUGGCUUAAUUAGUGAGAAGGAGCUUCGUUAUAGCAACAGAUGAGAGGAUGCACGAGGACAAAUAAUAAUAACGAGCUGAGGCUGCACACCUGCGCCCUGUGAGCUUCUUUGUGGAUCCUCCUUCUAACCUCCCGAAAACUGGACAUACAAAUACCUCAUCUGCCCCGACCCACAUCCUGACGCCAUUAUGCCCAUCAUCAGCAAUGCCAACCACGAUUUCAGCACAUACUCUAUCAGCAGCGAUGACAGCAGCCUCGAUCGCUUCUUCACGGAGAUCCCGGAGACUGAGACCAUCAAGGGCGUUUACUUCCAGCGCGCCCAGCUGCUUCGGGACCGCAAGGCCUCGUAUGUGGUCGACCACACCCUACAGGUUCUCAUCAAUGUGGGGGGCAACCGCUACACCUUCCCCUGGAGUACCUUGGAGCAGUUCCCCCAGAGUCGCCUGGGACGUCUGCGCUUCUGCACCACCCCCGAGGAGAUCGCACGGCUCUGCGACGACUAUGACGAGACGUGCCAGGAGUACUUCUUCGACCGCAACCCGACAGCCUUCAGGGUCAUCCUCAACUUCCUCGCCGCAGGGAAAUUGCGUCUGCUUCGGGAGCUUUGUGCCGUGUCACUGCAUGAUGAGCUUGACUACUGGGGCGUAGACCCGGGCCACAUGGAGCGUUGUUGCCGCCGCCGUAUGAUCACCCGUGUGGAGGAAGUGGCUGAGCGAGAGCGCAAGGAAGAGGAGUGGAGGCAGAAGAGGGUGAUGAUGAAGAAAAGCAACACGGAGGAUGAGAAGGGUUAUCGCAGACUGACCUGGAUGCUGCGAGAAGUGGUGGAAAACCCUCAGUCAGGGGUGGCCGGGAAGAUGUUCGCCUGCCUCUCAGUCGUCAUGGUGCUGGUAACCGUCAUCAGCCUCUGCAUCAGCACCAUGCCAGACCUCAGAGACGAAGACACCAGGGGCGAGUGCUCCCAGAAGUGUCACAGCAUGUUCGUGGUGGAGUCCAUCUGCGUGGCGUGGUUCACUCUGGAGUUCAUGCUGCGAUUCUUCAACGCUCAGAGCAAGCUGGCCUUCGCCCGCGGCCCUCUCAACAUCAUCGACGCCAUCGCCAUCCUGCCGUACUACGUGUCCCUGGUCGUCGACGUCAGAGACGAGUCGGAGGAGGACGUCAUCAUGGGCGCGGGCCGAGGCUACCUGGACAAACUGAGUCUGAUCCUGCGCCUGCUGCGCGCCCUGCGGAUCCUGUACGUGAUGCGGCUGGCUCGCCACUCUCUGGGCCUGCAGACGUUGGGACUGACCAUGCAGCGCAGCAUGAGGGAGUUCGGCCUCCUGCUGCUGUUCGUCUGCGUCGCCGUGGCCCUCUUCUCGCCUCUGGUCCACCUGGCAGAGAGCGAGCUGGCGCCGUUUGCCGCCACGCACCCCCAACACAGCUUCAGCAGCAUCCCGGCCUCCUACUGGUGGGCCAUCAUCUCCAUGACCACGGUGGGAUACGGCGACAUGGUGCCGCGCAGCAUCCCCGGACAGAUAGUCGCGCUCACCAGCAUCCUGAGCGGCAUCCUCAUCAUGGCGUUCCCGGCCACGUCCAUCUUCCACACCUUCUCGCGCUCGUACCAGGAGCUGAAGCAGGAGUACGGGCGGCUGUGGAAGGAGGAGAGAAACGAGGAGACCGCCGCCGAGCCGGAGCAGAGCUGGUCCAAAGCCGAUUUGUCACCAGAUGAGUUCGCGUCCGUGUCGAAGGAGGAUAAUGACGCGCCGACCGCAGGCGAGAGUCAUCGGUCCGCACUUCCAUCGACAGCUUUCUGA